AGUUGGUUACAAAUCACACUGGGGUUUUUUUUGUUGUUUUUUUUUUUCACCCUUCUUUAGCAGGCGACCAUGGGGAAAGUGACCACUGCUGUCAGAGCGGGCAGCCGGGGCCGCGCGGUGCCGCGGGGGCGCCUGUAACUUCUACUCGACCAUGGUACCUGUUGAAAACCGCGAGGGCCCCGGGCUGCUGAGCCCCAAGGGGAGAGCGGCCGAGACCGAGGGCGGCGGCGCAGCAGGCGGCGGCCGGCAUCCUCCCCGGGCCAGAGUGCCCUGGCUGCUACUGAGCGAGAUUUUUCCUGGUGGAAUUAGAGGACGAGCCAUGGCUUUAACUUCUAGCAUGAACUGGGGCAUCAAUCUCCUCAUCUCUCUGACAUUUUUGACUGUGACUGAUCUCAUUGGCUUGCCGUGGGUGUGCUUUAUAUAUGCAAUCAUGAGCCUAGCAUCCCUGGUUUUUGUUGUUGUGUUUAUACCCGAGACAAAGGGAUGCUCUUUGGAACAAAUAUCAGUGGAGCUGGCAAAAGCGUAA